AACUUACACCGUGUGUUAUUCUGCGCACUCACUAAAAGUCACUCAUAUAUCGGGUUUUUAGUGAAUGUGCUGAACACUAUUACACAGCAGCUCGUGAAGCCGCAGAUCUGAUUGGUGAAUCUAGCCCACGGCCAAGCGCACAGAGGUCACGUGGUUCUUGUGUAACCUGGUAAGGAAGAGCUGACAUCUCAUUGGUUACAGAAAUAGGACCCUCCCUUGCAUGAACACUAUUGGCUGUGCGGUGUGCCCGUCACCUGGCAGCUACUGGUGGUGUAACAAAGGCAGAGUGACAGCAGACGGGAGGCAGUGCACAUUCGGUCACUGACUGCUGGGCUCUCGGGACUCGCACACGGUCAGCGCAGGACAUGAAGUGUGAGAACUGCACCAAGACGGAAUGCAGCAAGAAGCAGAAAAAUCAGGAGAAGUCAGACCAAGCUGACCCACUGGUGGUCACCGAUGGCGAAGAGAAAAGUGAGUUUCACCGGCUAGCUGAGGCCAGAAUCUUCCUGAGCGAUUGCCUGGCAUGUGGGAACUGUGUGACAUCCGAAGAGGGCAUCCGGAUCUUUGCGCAAAAUCAGAAGGAGCUCUUCAAGGUCCUGGCACUAAAUAAGAAAUGUGAUUCUUCAUUGCACAGACUGGUUGUGGCGUCCGUAAGUCCGCAGUCUGUGCCGUAUUUCGCUGUUAGAUUCCAUCUGUCUGUGUGUGAGGCAGCCAGGAAGCUCUGCGGCUUUCUGAAGAGUCUAGGAGUGCACCAUGUUUUGGACACCACAAUCGCUGCUGACUUUAGUAUUCUGGAGACUCAGAAGGAUUUCAUACGAAGGUUUAAGCACCAGACGCAGGAUGAACACGCAUUCCCCAUGUUUGCCUCAGCAUGUCCAGGUUGGGUGCAGUACGCUGAGAGGGUCCUUGGAGACUCCGUCACUCCCCACAUCUGCACAGCCAAAUCUCCGCAGCAGAUUAUGGGCUCCCUGGUGAAAGGAUAUUUUGCGUCACACAAGAAUCUGUCUCCUGACAAAAUCUUCCACUUGACAGUGGCUCCGUGCUACGAUAGGAAGAUGGAGGCGUUGAGAGAAGAUUAUUACACAGCUCUGUACAAUUGUCGUGACGUGGACUGUGUAUUGACAUCAGGAGAGGUGUUGCAGAUUAUGGAGCAAAGAAGUAUCUCCAUCAAGGAAGUAGAAGAAUCUCCACUAGAAAAUGUGUUUGGGGGGACGACCUGUGCAUUUGUUCGGCAUGAGGGUACAAGCUCUGACGGGUACCUAGCACACGUCUUCCGACAUGCGGCCAAGGAACUGUUUGACGUGGAUGUGAAGGAGAUUACAUAUAGAACAUUAAAAAACAAAGACUUUCAGGAGGUUUGCCUAGAAAAGGAUGGGGAGACCGUCCUGCGGUUUGCGGCUGCUUACGGGUUCCGUAACAUCCAGAAUAUGGUGCUUAAGCUGCGAAAAGGGAAGUUCCACUACCACUUUGUGGAGGUGCUGGCCUGUCCCGGAGGAUGUUUGAAUGGAAAAGGCCAAGCUCAGACAAUAGACGGAAAGCCUGAGCGCGCCCUGCUGCAUGAGAUGGAGGAAGUGUACACGCGUGUUCCGGUGCAGAAUCCUGAGAGUAACCAGCACGUGGAGGCUCUGUACAAGGACUGGCUAGAGGGAGCCGAGUCCCAAAAAUCCAGAGAGACCUUGCACACAAAAUAUGUGCCCAGCUCCCAGUCUGCAGCGCGGCCGGAUAUCAAGUGGUGACAUCCUGCACAUAUCUGCUGCCUGCUACAAGGAGUCGUGGCGCAAAUAACUACUUCCACACCACAAGGUGGCGGCUCCGGCCUUGACCUUUGGAGCCAGUCUGGCGAGGAGAAGAGAGGAAUAUUCUAGCGCCUGCUCUCAUUACAGACUGUGAAAUCGCCACAAAUUUCAGUGCAUCCGGAUAAUGGCGGCUAGGUAGUGUAACACUUACACUUCCUUUCACCAUUGUCCUUUGAACUUUUCGCUUAGUUUGAUCAGAAAUAAGCUGUUUGGCUUCAGGAGAGCAAAUGUAUAUCUAAAAUAAUUUACAAAGAGCCUUUGCUGCUGGAAGAUGGUUUGCUUUAAGUAAAUCUCUUUGGCAGUUAAAGGGUGAAACCUGCAGCAUGUUUUCUGUGUGUUUACAUGGUACCCUGCAGCAUAUAUAUAUAUUUGUACAUCUGCUGAGACAUACAACCCAGCACUCAUCUCUAAAACCGAGUAAAGUGAACUUUGUCAUAAACCCCUUAAAACCCAAGAGCCUUUUUUCUAAUAUAACAGCUGCUUGUACGAAAAGGGCUGAUCUGUAAAAACUGCUAGCAGUGAAGAGGUUAAUAGAUACUAUAAUAGGCCUUUUCUCUGCUUUAGAAGGUGCUGUCUGAACCUGCACUGGAAUUACCUUCAGGCAACACUCUGCAGUGCAAGAGUUGUACUGGUCCUUCUGGCAGCUGUGGGGUUAAUUAACUCAUUCAUUGCCUGGGUGGUCAAUUGAAGUCACUUCCAAAGAGGCUCAAAGAACUUCAAAAAAUUAUAAUACGCUGCUAAUUUUUACGCAAGAUUACAUGAAAGUAACACUGACCUGCAGCAUUGUGAGAUCUGUACAAAUAAACUGUGGUUAAACCCUGGUCUGCUUAAGAUAACAAAGCAACCCUCUUUGGCAGCCAAGAGGUUAAAUGUAUUCUUCAGGAAAAUAAAUAUGAUUUUUUUUAGCCGCCCUUAUUUAUUUAUUAAUUGCGUUUACACAAUUUUUACUUUUUGUGUUUCAAGAAGAUUUAAUUUUAACCUCUUAAGGACAUAUGACGGAAUUUUUCCGUCAUAAAACAAUUGAGCAAACUGAAAGCUGUGUCCUUAAAGGGUUAAGCAAAGUAUUUGUUUUUUAUUCUUGUAUUUUGCCUUUAACAUAUUGUACCGCAUAUUCUACCUCUAUGGAAAUGUGUUUCUGUGUUGUAUAAAUGAAUGUAAUUUAUUUUAUACUUCCUGGGGUUUCUGUGAAAUUUCAGCAAUUUCCUAGCUGAGCAACACAUAUCCAAAAAGUUAGAACUUUGAACAGCAAAGAGAAUCUUUGGUUGCCUCUAGAUAUCUAGGAAGUUGCUGAAAUCUUACAUGAAAUAAAAAACAAACCGGUAUUUACAGCAAAAGACAUUUUCAUGGAAGCGUUGUGGAGCUAUGUUUAAAUAACCACGUUUUAUUUUUAUGAGGCCUCACAAUGUCAGUAUUCCUUUAGCAAUGCUGUAUUUGAGAGCAGUGAAACGGAUGGUACCGUUAGUAACGAUAUGAAUACAUCUAUCCUGUCUGUCGUUCUGUGUAAUGGCCGAUACUUCUAUCUUUGUCUCCUGUUACUGUGUCAGUAUGUUUGAUCCUAGCGUCUGUAAAUGUUGGUCCAGCCCCAUUGUUGCAUGCACAUAUAAGGCGCCUUCGCAUUUCUGUAAGUUUCGGCAAAUAUUUCUGGCAAACAAAGGGUUUACUAUUAAAUAUCAGUGAUAGUCAAAACCGCACAUCCGAACAGUGCUGCAUUUAUAAUGAAGGUGCUGAUCAAAGUAUAUUUAAGUUUGGCUCUUUUUGUUGGCGCACUUGUUUGCAGCCAAAGGGUUAACUCCUGUGCUGUAGUGAUAUCCUUUUUAAAGGGACAUUACACAUCUCUUGCUUUUGGGUAAAAACUGUGCUGUUACAGAUUUUGCUUUUUGUUUUCUCUGUGGAAUGUGGGACUAGCACAAUUUUUAUACAAAAACAAAUGGGUGUUUGAUGUCCCUUUUAAUGCAGAGCUAUUAUUAAACGUCACAAACCUUUAAAUGAAACACUCUUGGAAAAGGAAGGAUGUGUAAAGGAGAGUGACGUUUGCAGUACGCUUAUACUAUAGAGGAGUGAUGCGGCUUUGUGCCCAGAAACAAAAUCAUUCUCCAUAUAAAAAACAUUUAUUUUUUUUGUGGCUAAAAAUAAAAUAAGAAAUAAAAACUUGUUUAAAGUUGAAACUAAUACAGCAGUAUCAGUUGUGCGCGUUCUACAAAUGCUUAUUGGCUGGUAGGUAAAAUGCAUAGCGUUUCAGCCAAUGAGCAUUAAAGGCAGGUGCUUAUAAGCCAAUCAGAAGGAAGUAGACAAAUGAUACUACUGUAUUACUCAGUUUAAACCGUUUUUUUUAGGCAUUACAGAAAAAAACGUUUAAAUGCUGCUUUUUCGCAUUGGAUGAUAAAGAUGUUAAUUCUAUUUUAUGUCUAGCUGCAGACAUUAUUGUGCUCUUCUUCUGCCUAUGUCCACUUGACAAGUGAUCUCGUACUACAGGAUUUCACCGCCUGCUCCAGCAAUAAAACUUCUAAGAUUUUCUCUGAUUUCCUGUAGUUCCAAAGAUAAAGUGGUGCUGGCCAAUAGGAGCUGAGGAAUUCCUGAGGCUCCCAGUAGGGUCCUGGGCUGGGAGAAAUAUUAUUUUAAGGAGAUAAUGUUCAUUUAAAUGUUAUGCAGAAUGCCUAAAAGUAAACUAUUUUUUCACAAGCAUCUGUGUUACACGUUUUCUUUCUCAGCCUUUUAAUAGUGUAUAUUUUUAUGUAAGUAACCUAAUAAAGAAUUAAUACAAUUA